GCAGGAGGCAGCAGAGGCUCUCAGAGGCUUCUGAUCAGCUGGUUUAACCGGAACAGGAAGAAGAAGAGGAGCAGAAAACGUCAGCAAACAGAAAUGGCUACAGGGGUGGACCAAGCUGUUGGUCUGAGUCUUGUUGUCUUCAGCCUCCUGCUGUUUACAUACUACUCGGUCUGGGUCAUCAUCCUGCCUUUCGUGGACAAUGAUCACCUCCUACACAAGUAUUUUCUUCCUCGAGAGUACUCCGUCAUUCUGCCUGGCAUCGCAGCAGUAAUACUGCUCCUCUGUGUCGGGACCUUCACUGCAGUCAUCAUGUGGAAGAACCAUAAGCCAAAGAAAGUGGACUAAUGUCAGGAUGGAGGGACGGCUGUGAAUUUAUGGAUGUGAAAAUAGCCGUGAUGCUAAAACCUCUCUGGUGGCACCACAAGCAACAGAUGAUGUUAAUCCUUACAAAAUUGUAUUUGUUGACAUUUAUUUUGUAUUUUGGUUCUAUUUCAGGAUCAGUUUAAGUGUUUAGUUAAGAUGUGUUUAAUUUGAAAGACUUUUGAGAAAACCUAUGACUAAAUAAAAAAAAUGGCUGCCAUUCAACAGUUGUUAAUUGUCUAGAAAGUGUAAACAAGAAUCCAUUAGCCAAGGAGUGAUAUCAAUGUAAUUUAAUACACCUGAAGGUUUUCAUUGCGAUCCAGGGCAAAGACUAGAUUGCAAGAGAGCACCCAUGUUACAGUCAAACACCUGCAGGCCUCAUCCGUCAAAUGAAACACUUUGAGGGCUUCUAAACUCCACAUGAGAACUCUCACUAACCCAGUAAGAGCAGGGCUUCAUGGUACCUGCAAUGCAUCACACUGAAGGUACUCCCUCCCUUCUCAGUGAAAAUUGAAUGUCGUGAAUAUCUAAAUAUCAGCUUCUCUAAUAUUAUGCUUUUCCAUUUUUGUGACUGGGCCAAUACAGUUAACUGUGACAUGGCAGGUUUGAAGGGAGGUGAAAUAUGUUUCACUGUGAGGAAACACUCUGAAAGCAGCAUGAAUCUUUAUUUAUUAAAGAUGUGUCUAUUUUAGUUUUGUGUAUGCUGAUUGUAAAUAGUUUUGAAGGGAAAACUGUAUUUUGUAUAACAGUAUAUCUUGUAAUGGGGCAAUGUUGAUGCUGGGAAACUAGUUUUUUACACUAGUAUGUUGGCAGCAGUAACAGAGCAGGUUUAUUAGUGGGCAAGGGUUACUUUAAUCAUAUUGUUAAAAUGCCUAUUGAUGAAAGAAAUAAAGAUCCUGUAUGUGAAAAUAACAAC